CAGCUCAUUUGCAUAAAGAUGAGACUCUUCUCCUCAUCACUGUUUUGAAGAGGAAAGGCGAAAAUCCGGGUAGAAUUCAGAAUAACACCAAUCUUUUUACAGGAAAUUUUCUCUCUAAAGGGAUAUUUAAACCUUCUGCCGCUGAUGAAGGUCAUGUUCACAAGCUGUAUCUCAGGGACGCUUCAGUCCAUCAAUAGCGUUGUAUAUACAUUGGAAGAAGAUUAUUAUUUUGACCUCGGGAUGAUAUCAAAUUGAAGUGAAAUAGGAGAUAAAAGCAACUCAACAAAAGUUUUCAAAAAAUCUUUUGGAUUUUGUUAACUCUUGAAAAAGUCACCUGAAACAUUUAUGGAAUUUACCAGCCUAGAUGUGUUUUGAAACACCACUUGUUAAUUAAACGUAGUGAUUUUAUUUGCAAGUAGAAUUUAUUUAGGGAAUGCAUUCCUAAACUCCUGAGUUGGCUUUUCUGUAUAAUUCUGUGGGUGGUUUGGAUGAUUAUUAAUUGAUGUCUGGACUGGAAUAGAGAUCAGCUUGUUUUAUUGAGAAGGUUGGAGAUAUCAUCCAUUGUUUGAGCUGGAUUGGUCAGAGGGAGUCCACCUUGGUCUUAUAGCUGGAUGGCCAGAUGAAGAGAUGGCUGCUGCUCACAGUGAAGCAAACAGCGACACAGAUUCUCCGGAAGAGAAUCGCAUGGAGGUGGGUCGCCCUGCCACCCCUAGUCCUAUCAGCGUGAGGGAAGAAGGCACGCUACGCAGGUCCAACAGUGCACCCAUGUUUAAUGGACCUAAUAUGACCGAUGAUUCCCCAGUUUUUCAACCAAUCAGAGAAAAGCCUCGGGUACGUAGGAUGAGCGCUCAAACAAGCAAUGGAGCUAAACCAAUGUCUGUUCCUGUGAGGAUACCUUCAAGGGUUACUCAAAUCAAACAGGAAGAAAGCUUGGAUAUCAGAAGCAAAGAAGCAGAACAUGAGAGGGAGGUCAGGUCUGCAUUCAGGAUGAGUCAGUCUUGGGAUGAAUUACACUUGGAUGAAAGCAUCAAAGCAUUACGAUCUGAGCCUCGGUCUGAGCCAAGAUCUUGUAUAUCAGAACCAUUGAGUAUUAUACCACCCACGCUACCAUUUGUAGCUUCAUCUCCUUCACCAACCAGAGCAGGCAAGCAAUGCUUUUCACCUCAGAUAUCAAUGAGGAGUCCCUGUAUGUCACCCAGUCCCAACCCUAGCCCUACCAGGUCUACCUUCACUAAACGUAGCAUGAGCCCUGUACUCAGACCAAGCUCUCUCGCAUCCUCACUCAAACGCAAAUAUGAUAGUGAUGGUGAAUGCACACCUUCUAAGAGGCAGCUCCUUAGCUCUCCUAGCCACCCAAGCUCACUCAGUAUGUCAAGCAUGAGUUCAGACGAGACAAGUCCUCCACAGCGCAUCUUGGCCACGCAUUCAUCAACGUUUCUCCCGAAUGCGUUUGCUCCCACAACAACCUUUGCCCCUCCCACGACGACAACCUUUGACACGGUAUCAAAUUCCUCCUCGGCCUGUUUUACCUUCUCUGCCAACUCUCACGUAUGAAACAUGAAUUUUAACCAGGAAGAUAUUUUUUUUUCUUCUUUUGGAUAGUUUAAAAAGCAUAUAAAUUUAUGUUAGUCAAGGAUUGAUUUUCUAGAUGUAAAAGUCUGGUCUUGGUCCACUCUCUGUAGAAGGGUCUUGGUCCUCUCUCUGUAAAAGAGUCUGGUCUUGGUCCACUCUCUGUAGAAGAGCCUGGUCUUGGUCCACUCUCUGUAGAAGAGUCUGGUCUUGGUCCACUCUCUGUAGAAGAGCCUGGUCUUGGUCCACUCUCUCUAGAAGAGUCUGGUCUUGGUCCACUCUCUCUAGAAGAGUCUGGUCUUAGUCCACUCUCUGUAGAAGGGUCUUGGUCCUCUCUCUGUAGAAGAGUCUGGUCUUGGUCCACUCUCUGUAGAAGAGUCUGGUCUUGGUCCACUCUCUGUAGAAGAGUCUGGUCUUGGUCCACUCUCUGUAGAAGAGUCUGGUCUUGGUCCACUCUCUGUAGAAGAGUCUGUUCUUGGUCCACUCUCUGUAGAAGAGUCUGUUCUUGGUCCACUCUCUGUAGAAGAGUCUGGUCUUGGUCCAUAACCUUUUUGUAAAGCCAAGUCCUGGUCUGUAGUCUACAAUAGAAGACACAUGUAUUGCCCAAUAUAUCUUAGGCUGUUGUUUAUGUAUGUUCUGCAGUUACCAAAAUCAAACAGGCCAACACAAUAAAAAUAGACCAAAG